AUGGGCAAUGCAGCUCUCUGCCAGUCUUGUCAUACAGAGAAGAGCAUAAGAGCGCAAGGAAACAUGCAAGAGUUGGAUAAAACCCCAGAUUACUAUGGCUACAACUGUGAGGAUGUCAGAGAGUCUGAGGCUCUGUCUGACAGCAAUGCCAGCUUCCUCAGAGCAGCCAGAGCUGGCAAUCUUGACAAAGUCGUGGAAUAUCUGAAGGGAGGAAUAGACAUCAAUACAUGCAAUCAGAAUGGACUCAAUGCCUUGCACCUGGCAGCCAAGGAAGGCCAUGUGGGACUGGUCCAAGAGUUGUUGGGAAGAGGAUCAGCAGUAGAUUCUGCCACUAAGAAGGGGAAUACAGCUCUACACAUUGCAUCUUUGGCGGGACAAGCUGAAGUUGUCAAAGUUCUGGUUAAAGAAGGAGCCAAUAUUAAUGCGCAGUCUCAGAAUGGCUUCACUCCUCUAUAUAUGGCGGCUCAAGAGAACCACAUUGAUGUAGUGAAAUACUUGUUGGAAAAUGGAGCUAAUCAGAGCACUGCUACUGAGGAUGGCUUCACCCCCCUGGCUGUGGCACUGCAACAGGGACACAACCAAGCUGUGGCCAUCCUCCUGGAGAAUGAUACCAAGGGGAAAGUCCGCCUGCCUGCUCUGCAUAUUGCUGCUAGGAAAGACGAUACCAAAUCUGCAGCCCUCCUGCUCCAAAAUGACCACAAUGCUGAUGUUCAAUCCAAGAUGAUGGUGAAUAGGACAACUGAGAGUGGUUUUACCCCAUUGCACAUAGCUGCACACUAUGGAAACGUUAAUGUGGCGACACUUCUUCUCAACCGAGGAGCCGCUGUGGACUUCACAGCUAGGAAUGGAAUCACUCCUUUGCAUGUGGCUUCCAAAAGGGGAAAUACAAAUAUGGUGAAGCUCUUACUGGAUCGUGGAGGUCAGAUUGAUGCCAAAACUAGGGACGGGCUGACACCACUUCAUUGUGCAGCACGGAGUGGGCAUGACCAGGUGGUAGAACUUCUUCUAGAACGAGGAGCCCCCUUGCUGGCAAGGACCAAGAAUGGACUAUCUCCACUCCACAUGGCUGCACAAGGGGACCAUGUUGAAUGUGUUAAGCACCUGCUACAACAUAAAGCCCCAGUGGAUGAUGUCACCCUGGAUUACCUAACUGCCCUCCACGUUGCUGCACACUGUGGCCACUACCGUGUGACCAAACUUCUCCUGGACAAGAGAGCCAAUCCCAACGCCAGAGCCUUGAAUGGUUUUACUCCACUGCACAUUGCGUGCAAGAAAAAUCGCAUCAAAGUCAUGGAACUGCUGGUGAAAUAUGGGGCUUCAAUCCAGGCUAUAACAGAGUCUGGCCUCACACCAAUACAUGUGGCUGCUUUCAUGGGCCACCUGAACAUAGUCCUCCUUCUGCUGCAAAAUGGAGCCUCUCCAGAUGUCACUAACAUUCGUGGAGAGACUGCACUACAUAUGGCAGCCCGGGCUGGGCAGGUGGAAGUAGUCCGUUGCCUUCUAAGAAAUGGUGCUCUUGUGGAUGCCAGAGCCAGGGAGGAACAGACUCCCUUGCACAUUGCUUCUCGCCUGGGUAAGACAGAAAUAGUCCAGCUGCUCCUACAACAUAUGGCUCACCCAGAUGCAGCCACUAAAAAUGGAUACACACCCCUGCACAUCUCGGCUAGGGAAGGCCAGGUCGAUGUGGCAUCGGUACUUCUGGAAGCAGGAGCAGCACACUCUUUAGCUACCAAGAAGGGAUUUACUCCACUGCAUGUAGCUGCAAAAUAUGGGAGCUUGGAUGUGGCAAAAUUGCUCUUUCAGCGUCGCGCUUCCCCAGAUUCUGCUGGCAAGAACGGCCUCACCCCACUCCAUGUUGCUGCUCAUUAUGACAACCAGAAGGUGGCGCUGCUGUUACUGGAGAAAGGUGCAUCUCCUCAUGCCACUGCCAAGAAUGGAUAUACUCCACUGCAUAUUGCUGCUAAGAAGAAUCAGAUGCAAAUAGCUACCACAUUAUUGAACUAUGGAGCAGAGACCAAUAUUGUGACUAAGCAAGGGGUCACCCCACUUCAUCUGGCUUCCCAGGAAGGCCAUACUGACAUGGUAACUCUGCUCCUGGAUAAAGGAUCCAACAUCCACAUGUCAACAAAGAGUGGACUGACAUCCUUGCAUCUUGCCGCUCAGGAAGAUAAAGUGAAUGUCGCUGAAAUCCUUACUAAGCAUGGCGCCAACAAGGAUGCUCAAACUAAGCUUGGUUACACUCCUUUAAUUGUGGCCUGCCACUAUGGAAAUGUAAAAAUGGUCAACUUUCUUCUGAAGCAAGGAGCAAAUGUCAAUGCAAAAACCAAGAAUGGCUACACUCCUCUGCAUCAGGCUGCCCAACAAGGUCACACUCACAUCAUCAAUGUUCUUCUCCAGCAUGGGGCUAAACCAAAUGCUAUUACUGCUAAUGGCAACACUGCUCUAGCGAUUGCUAAACGCCUGGGCUACAUCUCUGUGGUCGAUACGCUGAAGGUUGUCACCGAGGAGGUCACUACCACCACAACGACUGUUACUGAAAAACAUAAGCUAAAUGUACCUGAGACAAUGACGGAGGUCCUUGAUGUUUCUGAUGAAGAAGCCUUAAAACAGUCUGGCGGCCACUUUUCUGAUGGUGAAGCACUUAGUGACUCAGGUGAAGAUACCAUGACAGGAGAUGGUGGAGAAUACUUGAGACCUGAAGACCUGAAAGAAUUAGGUGAUGACUCUCUGCCCAGCAGCCAGUUCCUUGAUGGUAUGAGUUACCUGAGAUACAGCUUAGAGGGAGGACGAUCUGACAGCCUUCGAUCCUUCAGUUCAGACAGGUCCCACACUCUGAGCCAUGCCUCCUACCUGAGGGAUAGUGCCAUGAUUGACGAGACAGUUGUGAUCCCCAGCCACCAGGUAUCAACUCUGGCCAAGGAGGCAGAAAGGACUUCCUAUCGUCUCAGCUGGGGUACUGACCAUUUAGAUAAUGUGGCUCUUUCUUCCAGUCCAAUUCAUUCUGGCCGCUCAUCUCCGUGUCUUGAUCAUGACAACAGCAGUUUCCUGGUUAGUUUUAUGGUGGAUGCCCGAGGUGGUGCUAUGCGUGGCUGCAGACACAAUGGGCUCAGGAUUAUUAUUCCACCUCGGAAAUGUACCGCCCCAACACGAGUCACUUGCCGACUAGUCAAACGCCAUAGACUGGCCACAAUGCCCCCAAUGGUGGAAGGAGAAGGCCUGGCCAGCCGUCUGAUUGAAGUUGGACCUUCUGGCGCUCAGUUCCUUGGUAAACUUCACCUGCCAACGGCUCCUCCCCCACUUAAUGAGGGAGAAAGCUUGGUCAGCCGAAUCCUUCAGCUGGGGCCUCCUGGAACCAAAUUCCUUGGGCCUGUGAUUGUGGAGAUUCCUCAUUUUGCGGCUCUUCGAGGAAAGGAGAGGGAACUGGUGAUUCUUCGAAGUGAAAAUGGGGACAGCUGGAAAGAGCAUUAUUGUGAAUACACAGAGGAUGAAUUGAAUGAAAUUCUAAAUGGCAUGGAUGAAGUGCUUGAUAGCCCCGAAGACUUAGAAAAGAAACGAAUAUGUCGCAUCAUCACUCGAGACUUCCCACAGUACUUUGCAGUUGUGUCCCGGAUCAAGCAAGAUAGCAAUUUGAUUGGACCAGAGGGAGGUGUGCUAAGCAGCACCGUGGUAUCCCAAGUGCAGGCCGUCUUCCCCGAGGGAGCACUGACAAAGCGGAUCCGUGUUGGUUUGCAGGCCCAACCUAUGCACAGUGAACUCAUUAGGAAGAUCCUGGGCAACAAAGCAACUUUCAGCCCUAUAGUCACUUUAGAACCCAGAAGAAGAAAAUUUCACAAGCCAAUCACAAUGACAAUUCCUGUGCCCAAAGCCUCCAGUGAUGGCAUGCUGAAUGGUUUUGGGGGUGACACACCUACUUUAAGGUUACUAUGCAGCAUAACAGGUGGAACAACUCCGGCACAGUGGGAAGAUAUCACAGGGACCACACCACUCACAUUUGUCAAUGAAUGUGUUUCCUUUACAACCAAUGUAUCUGCCAGGUUCUGGUUGAUAGACUGUCGACAAAUUCAAGAAUCUGUUACUUUCGCUUCCCAAGUGUAUAGAGAGAUUAUCUGUGUACCCUAUAUGGCCAAAUUUGUAGUUUUUGCCAAAUCACAGGAUCCCAUCGAAGCACGGUUGCGAUGUUUCUGCAUGACCGAUGACAAAGUGGACAAGACCCUGGAGCAACAGGAAAACUUUGCUGAAGUCGCCAGGAGCAGAGAUGUGGAGGUAUUAGAAGGAAAACCUAUCUACGUGGACUGCUUUGGGAAUCUGGUACCACUAACAAAGAGUGGUCAACAUCACAUAUUCAGUUUUUUUGCCUUCAAGGAAAACAGACUUCCACUAUUUGUCAAGGUACGGGAUACAACUCAGGAACCUUGUGGAAGACUUUCAUUUAUGAAGGAGCCCAAAUCUACAAGAGGAUUAGUGCAUCAAGCAAUCUGCAACUUAAAUAUCACAUUGCCACUUUAUACUAAGGAGUCAGAAUCAGAUCCAGAACAGGAGGAAGAGAUCGAUAUGACAUCAGAAAAAAACGAUGAGACAGAAUCUACAGAAACAUCUGUCGUGAAAAGCCACCUCGUUAAUGAAGUUCCCGUCCUAGCGAGUCCGGACUUGCUCUCUGAAGUUUCUGAGAUGAAGCAAGACUUGAUCAAGAUGACUGCCAUCUUGACAACUGAUGCCUCAGAUAAGACAGGCUCUAUUAAGGUGAAAGAGUUGGUGAAGGCAGCUGAUGAAGAGCCAGGCGAGCCCUUUGAAAUUGUUGAAAGAGUUAAGGAGGACUUAGAGAAAGUGAAUGAAAUUUUGAGAAGUGGAACAUGCACCAGAGAAGAACGCCUGACUCAGAAGUCUCAGUCAGGGAGAGAAUUAGUAGAAGAAGAGUGGGUUAUUGUCAGUGAUGAGGAAAUCGAAGAGGCUAAGCAAAAGGCACCUUUAGAAGUCACUGAAUCUCCAUGUGUAGAGGUUAGAAUAGAAAGAGGGAAAAAAGAAGAAGCUCAAAAAGACCAAACUGCAAUAGUGAAGUAUCUCACUGAUGAUCUAAAUUCCUAUGAGGCUCAUCAUGAAGUGCGGCCACAAACAGGCCACGAUUCAGUAGGAAAAAAAUCUGGGGCUACUGUUAUUAGCAGGAGCUCAGAAAAGGAGGGGCAAGCUGAGACACAGAGUACACAAGAACCACACAGACCAACCUUGGGGAUAAAGAAGCCAGUGAGGAGGAAAUUAAAAGAAAAGCAGAAGCAGAAGGAGGGAAAGUUACAAACCAGUGAAGGAACAACUGACCUUAAGAAAGGUAGCUCAGAGGAGUCAUUAGAUGAGGAAUCAGGCUUAGCGCCUGAAGCUGUCCCCAGUGUCAGAGCUGUGUCCCCAGUGAUAGAAGAAACCCCUAUUGGCUCUAUAAAAGACAAAGUAAAGGCACUUCAGAAACGAGUAGAAGAUGAACAGAAAGGCCGCAGUAAAUUGCCUGUCAGGGUGAAAGGUAAAGAGGGUAUAGCUCAGGAGGUCCCUAAAAAGACAAUUCACAGGUCACAUCUACCUGUAUCACCCUCUGCUAAAACAGAAAGACAUGCACCUGCCUCACCAUCCACUAAGACAGAUAGACAUCCUCCUGUUUCGGGCUCAACUAAAACAGAGAAACAUUCACCUAUAUCACCCUCAGCCAGACCUAUGUCAUCUUCUGGGAAAACAGAAAAACACCCACCUGUAUCACCAUCCAGCAAAAUGGAGAGACGCCCACCUGUAUCACCUUCUGGGAAAACAGAGAAACACUCGUCUGCAUCGCCUUCUGGGAAAAUAGAGAAGCACCUACCUAUAUCACCCUCUGGGAAAACAGAAAGACACUCUUCCAUUUCACCAUCCUCAAAAACAGAAAAACAUCCACCUGUAUCACCAUCCUCAAGAACAGAGAAACAUCCACUUGUCUCACCCUCCUCAAAAACAGAGAAGCACCCACCUGUUUCACCCUCCUCAAAAACAGAGAAGCACCCACCUGUUUCCCCAUCUUCAAGAACAGAAAGACUUGAAGAGACAAUGUCAGUCAGAGAAUUGAUGAAAGCCUUCCAAUCCGGGCAGGACCCAUCAAAACAUAAAGCUGGAUUAUUUGAGCAUAAAUCAACAAAACAAAAACAGCCACAAGAGAAAGGAAAAGCCCGGCUAGAAAAAGAGAGGGGGCAGGCACUAACACAGAAAGAAAGCCCCCAGAAACCAGACAGUCAGACAAUCAAACGAGGCCAGAAAUUUCAGGCAACAGCUUCUCCUGACUCCAAGAGAGGAGCUCGGGUUUCCUCUGGAGGCAUUAAGAGAGAAGAUGUACUUGGAGGGAAGGAGAAGGGCUUGGGUCUUAAAAUAACUGAACCCACUCACUCAGUGCUUCAGGAAGAAAGCCCCAAAGAGAGUGCCUUUACAAAGGGAAAGGGAGCUGAUGAACUGGGAGACCUUGAUCUUCAGAUCAGUCCAGACAGAAAAACCUCAACUGACUUUUCUGAGGUCAUUAAGGAAGAACUAGAAGACAAUGACAGAUACCAACAGUUCCGACAACAUGAGAACACAGAAAAGGCACAGGUCCACUUAGAUCAAGUGCUGACAAGUCCAUUCAAUGCCACUUUUCCAUCUGAUUACAUGAAGGAUGGGUUUUUACCAGCACUGACUUUACAGAGCAGUGCUUUGGACGGCAGCUGUGAAAGCCUUAAACAUGAAGGGGUGGUUGAUUCUCCAUGUGGAAGCAUCAUGGAAGGGACACCUCAAGUUAGCUCAGAAGAAAGCUACAAGCAUGAGGGGCUCGCAGAGACUCCUGAGACAAGUCCCGAAAGCCUUUCUUUCUCACCAAAGAAAACUGAUGAGCAAACUGGGGAAACAAAGGAUUCUGCUGUGAUAGAUGGGCCAACUGAAACCCAUUCAACAAAACAAUCCUCUACAACCAAAGAUAUUGUUGAAGCUUCUGAAAAGCCACAUGCUAUAGUAGUUGAUGAGGCUAUGAAGCCCACUGAUGAGUGUUCUUCAAAAGAUGUGGACUGUUCUAGAGACAGACAAGAAGUUAGUUGUAUGAGCACCAGCAGCUGUAGUACAAAAGUACCCAAAGAAGCAUCAGAAGAAAUUACCAAGAAAGCUACUGAUGAAAGUCAAUUGAUGCUUGAUAGUUCAACCUCCCUGACACAAACUGGUGAUGAGGAUACAGAAUCGACCACCAUUGAACACACUGCUCUGACAAGAACUUCAGAGGUUUCUGACACACCCAUCCAGAAAAAGGAAAUCUUGGACUCCUCUGUAAAGGAAGGUAAGGAGACAGAAUCUGAACACCGUGGAACUGUUAGAAGCCCCCAAGGACUAGAACUUUCUCUUCCCAGCCAUGAUAGUGAAGGACUCAGCCCUGUAGCUGAUGAGUCAUUGGCAAUCAGUCACAAAGACUCUUUGGAAGCAAGUCCAGUUCUAGAAGAUAAUUCUUCCCACAAAACCCCUGAUUCUCUGGAGCCAAGUCCUUUGAAGGAAUCCCCUUGCCGUGAUUCCCUUGAAAGCAGUCCUGUUGAGCCAAAGAUGAAACCUGGAAUCCUGACAGGUCACAUUCCAUUUCCUGCACCCUCCACCAAAGCCGAAGUCUUCACAGAACUAGCUUCCGUGCGUUCGAGGCUUCUUCGUGACCCUGAUGGUAGUGCUGAGGAUGAUAGCUUGGAACAAACCUCUUUGAUGGAGAGUUCUGGAAAGAGUCCUCUUUCUCCUGACACCCCUAGUUCAGAAGAAGUUAGUUAUGAAAUCACUCCAAAAGCAACUGAUGCUGAUGCCCCUAAGCCAGCUGUCAUCCCUGAAUGUACAGAAGAAGAUGAUUCAGAAAAUGGAGAAAAGAAGAGAUUCACCCCUGAAGAAGAAAUGUUUAAAAUGGUAACCAAGAUUAAAAUGUUUGAUGAGCUUGAACAGGAAGCCAAACAGAAGAGGGACUGCAAAAAGGAAUGUAAACAGGAAGAGUCCUCUCCAGGAUCUGACCCAGAUGCUGACAGGACAGUUGCAGCAGAAGAACCAAAGUCUAUGGGGAGUGAGGAAAAGGAAGGGGACACACUGGUAGUAGUGAUAUCUGAAAGCAGAAAGACAUCUUCAUCUUCAGAGAGUGAACCUGAGUUGACUCAGUUGAAGAAGGGUGUUGACUCAGGACUCCUACUGGAACCAGUUAUCCGAGUACAGCCUCCUUCUCCACUUCCAUCUGACAUAGAUUCUAAUUCCAGCCCUGAAGAAGGAUUCCAACCCAUCGUUUCUAAGCAAUACACUUUCAAAAUGGAAGAAGAAACACAGGAAGAACCAGAAAAAUCAACAAUGGACAAAGAUUCUGAAUCCCCUUCUCCCGAGGAAAGACAUACCAUUUCUGAUGAAGAAUCAGAGGCUCUACAUUCUGAUCCAGUCAAGGAGAUAGAAACUGUUGGAGCAAAGACUUGUACUGGACACGGAUGUGAACCUGGCAGUCCUACUAAGCCAGACAUUCCCUUCCAUCCAGGUGUCCAAACUUCCACUAGUGAUGAUGCUGAAGAAGAUUUGGUAGCCCACAAAGAAUCAUUAAAUCAUCAAGAUAUUCUUGAGAAUGAUAUAGCAGGACAAAAACAAGAUAGCGAUUUUGCCAGAGCUGAAUCUACCAAAGUAGAUUGUCCCUGCGAAGAAAGCUCUCAGAUCUUGCCCUCAGUUUCCCAUUGCUCAACCUCUGAUGAAAUGGAACAAGAUAAAGAUAUUUCUGCCAUCUCCUCAACUACAGAAGUGUGUGUGGCAAAAAGUGAUGACAGUUUUGAGAGCUCUCCCAAGAACAUUCCUACUGAAGAUCCAUCCAUUACUACUGAGACAGGUAAAUUGUCCCCAGGUGUCCCUGUAACCGAUUCAGUUGACACUGAUGAAUUGUAUGCCCCGCAGAUCACAAGCCCUUAUGAAAAUGUCCCUUCCCAAUACUUUUUCUCUAGUGAAGAAAGUAGGACCAAAACAAUCACCAGACAGACAGGAAACUUGCUUUCUACUGAAGCUCAUUCGGUUACUAUAAAAUCCUCUAUCGAUGAUAUGAUAGUAGAGAGUUCCUUUAGUGGAUCUGUUUCAAAGGAAACAUCACUUUUUGAAGACCAGUACAUGGAAAUAGAAUCAAAACAAGAAAGUUCCCUGCAAACUGGUGACACUGCCUCAUCCCUAGAAACUACUGCCUCUGCCAGUGAGCAGAGGAGUAAAGUCAUCAUCACCAAAACUGAUGUGGAUUCUGAUUCCUGGAGUGAAAUACGGGAAGACGAUGAAGCAUUCGAGGCUCGAGUGAAAGAAGAAGAACAAAAGAUUUUUGGACUGAUGGUAGAUAGGCAGUCACAGGGUACAACACCUGACACCACACCUGCUAGAACUCCAACUGAAGAGGGGACACCUACAAGUGAGCAAAAUCCCUUUCUCUUCCAAGAAGGAAAACUGUUUGAAAUGACCAGAAGUGGUGCCAUUGACAUGACCAAAAGAACCUAUGCUGAUGAAAGUUUCCACUUUUUCCAAAUUGGGCAGCAGACCAGCCAAGAGACUUUAUCCAAAGACAUAAAAGAAGGGAUGACCAUAGUGGAGCCUUCUCAGUUGGAAAAAUUGCCAGAAUCAGUGGUAGAUGCAGAGGAAACAAUUGCACAAGAAACAGAUUUGCCACCAGAAGACUUGAGUGAGAGAGUAGAAGAAAAAGCUUCUGCAAAUACUGGAGCCACCAAAGCUGAGCAGACAUCAAGAAUUCCAGUUAAAGUGGGAAUUUCAGCUUCUUCUCAAUCAACUACAAAAGAAAUUAUUUCCACAGAUGCUACAGAAACUGAGACUUUCUCCCCUCAGGAAAUUGGUGACAUGCCCAGUGUGUCCAGCACAGCUCAGAUGCCUUGUUCUGACACCUCUGAGCCUAUCACAGAAGUUCAGUUAGAUUUUUCUACUGUCACCAGAUCUGUCUAUUCUGAACGAGAAGAUGAUUCACCAGAUUCUUCCCCCGAGGAUCAGAAAUCUGUGAUUGAAAUACCAACUGGAGCUACAGAGAACGUGCCUUCUGCUGAAAGCAAGUCCAAAAUUCCUGUCCGGACUCUACCAGCUUCAUCCCUAGAACUGCCAGCCCUAGAAAGUGAGGGUUCCAUUUCUGAGGAUUCUGCACUCAGCCCAAAUGAUGAAAGUAAGGAUGAUGAAACAAAACCAAAGUCUAAGAUCCCCAUCAAAGCUUCCUUCCAAAGAGUUGAGCAGCAGUUUACACACACAGAGACAUCUGAGCAGCAGACAACGACUUCUCAACCCCCAGACCCAAUAAGCAAAGGAUCUGAUAAUCGGAGUAAAUCUGAAUCUGAUGCUAGUUCUUGGGACUCAAAGACCAAGAGUUCAGUAAAGGCUAGGAGUUGUAGUGAGGUAGAAUCAGAGACCAGAGAGAGUUCAGGAGAAACCCAGCUUGAGUUAGAAACAGAUGAGGGAUCUCUUCAACCAAAGACAUUUUCCUCAAGGUUGCCAGUUAAAAGCAGAAACACCUCCUCGUACUGCAGGUCUGUUAGUCCCACAAAAGAUAGUAAGGAACAUUUUUUUGACCUUUACAAAAAUUCUAUAGAGUUCUUUGAGGAGAUUAGUGAUGAAGCUUCCAAGUUAGUAGAUAGGCUUACCCAGUCAGAGAGGGAGCAAGAAUUAGUAUCAGACGAUGAAAGCAGCAGUGCCCUGGAAGUUUCUGUAAUUGAAAAUGUGCUACCCGUUGAGACCGAGCAGUCAGUGCGAGAGGACAUCUUUGAUACCAGGCCCAUUUGGGAUGAGUCCAUUGAGACUCUGAUUGAGCGCAUUCCUGAUGACAAUGGCCAUGAUCAUGCUGAAGAUCUGCAGGAUGAGCAAGAGCGUAUUGAAGAAAGGUUGGCUCAUAUCGCUGAUCAUCUUGGCUUUAGUUGGACAGAAUUAGCAAGAGAACUAGAUUUCACAGAAGAACAAAUUCACCAAAUCCGAAUUGAGAACCCCAAUUCCCUACAGGACCAGAGUCAUGCAUUACUGAAAUACUGGCUUGAAAGAGAUGGUAAACAUGCCACAGACAAUAGCCUCACUGAGUGUCUAACUAAGAUCAAUCGAAUGGAUAUUGUCCACCUAAUGGAAACUAGCACCAUGGAACCUCUCCAAGAACGUACUAGUCGUAGUUAUGCAGAGAUUGAGCAGACAAUUGCACUGGACCAUAGUGAAGGGUUUUCAGUACUGCAGGAAGAGAUGUGCACCCCACAGCACAAGAAAGGAGAGCAAGCUGUUUCUAAAGAGCAAGAGCCAUCAUCUGACCAUCCUCCCAUUGUCUCUGAAGAGGACAUUUCUGUUGGCUAUUCUUCCUUUCAGGAUGGUAUCCCUAAAACUGAGGGAGACUUGACAGUGGAAGAGCUUACUCAACAGACUCACAAAGAAGGAGUGCAAACUGAGUUCUCAGGGAAAUUUGAAGAUUUAAUAGAAGAGUCAUCUGUCGACCACCAGCAAGAAUAUUUUGUCACCACUCCAGGAACUGAACAGGAAGAAGCAAGAAAAGUUGUCCAAGUGUCUGGUUCUCUUAGCAAAACACCCGAAGAAAUUACUGCAACUUCUGAAGAAGAGAGGCUCUACCUCCAUACCCCAACAUCCAGUGAUCAAGGAGAAUCUCCCAUUGUCCAAGAGCCUGAAGAGCUCCCAUUAAAUAAGGAAGCCAGUUCUUCUCCAAGGAGAAGUAGUCUUGUGAUUGUAGAGUCAGCUGAUGACCAACCACAGAAAUUUGAGAAAUUUGAAGAGGAAUCUUUUGAAAAGGAGCUCACCAAGGAAUUAGGUGAGCUGGAUGUCAGCUCAGAUGAGGAUGCUAUGGUAACCACCAGGGUUGUUCGUCGCCGAGUGAUAAUUCAGGGAGAUGAUAUGCCUGAAAUACCACCAGAAACUGUAACAGAAGAAGAAUACACCGAUGAACAUGGACACACUGUAGUGAAGAAGGUUACGAGAAAGGUCAUUAGGCGGUACAUAUCCCCAGAAGGCAUAGAAAAAGAAGAUGUUACUAUGUGUGGAACACUACAGGAGCCGGUGAACAUUGAGGAAGGAGAUGGUUAUUCCAAGGUUAUAAAGCGUGUGGUGCUGAAGAGUGACAGUGAACAGUCAGAGGUAACUUUCUCUGAGCCCAGUGCUUCCCACUUUCAGUCUGAACCUGUGGAAGGCCGUAAGGUCAGCAAGGUUGUUAAGACAACUGUGGUACAUGGAGAAAGGAUGGAGAAACAUCUGGGGGAUGCUAGUUUAGCUACUGAUCUUCCAUCAGCCAAAGAUGACUUUGAGGAGGCUUUGAGUUAUACAGGUAGCCAUGGAAAAGUCCACCUACCCAGUUUAGUAGAAAAUGAGAUCACGAAAGAGGAUGGAUCAGUUAUUAAAAGGACAACAAUGAAUAAAGCCAGGACACAGAAGAGGACUGUGGUAAAGGACCAGCAUGGAAAACACAUUCACUUGGAACAGCUGGAGGAUGUACCAGAAGCACUCAACCCAGACGACCUCCAGCACGACCUCCAGCAACUUCUUAGACAUUUCUGUAGGGAGGACUGGAAGCAUGAGGCCAAAUGAGGGGCUGCCCACAUCUCAUACCAGAAACCACGUACCCACUUAGUAUGCAGCUUUCACUUUCUUCCCUAGGUGUAGUGAUCAUAAAAUUGCCUAAUUAAUGGGAUACACUGGCAUUUCUACUUCUAUCACACAUCGUGCUUUUGGUUUUCUUUCUUUCUUCUUUCUUUUCUUUUCUUUUUUUUCUCUUCUUUUGUUUUUAACUGUAAGCUAAUUUGUGACCAAAGAUAGUAUCCUUCAUUCUGGAUGGUUUAUCCACUAAAUUGUUGUCUUUGUGCUCUCCUGGGAACUGGCCACCUCCGUUGUUCCUUCGCUUCUGCGCUCGUUCCACGAGAAUCCAUUGAUCUGGACAGCAUCAUCUGCAGGCCUCUUCGAGUGACCACGUAUAUGUUCUGAUGAAAAAGGAAUACCGACACAAACUGUACAUAGCUAAAGUGCUUGAACUCACAAAACUUUAAAAAAAAAUUGUCUAUCAUGACUACACUUAUCAUCCUGGAAUAAAGUGUUUAUAGAAAUUGCUGAACAAUGAUUAAUAAAGAUAUUGCUAACACAAUCGACUGAAAAUACAGAUCUGCUGCAAAGGCGCCCUUCCAACCUCCCUUGUCCAUAGGACUUCCAGCUUAGUGACCUCUUGCCACGAAGGGCUAAGGGUCAGGGGGUGAUCCCCUUCAAGGACAGCCCUUACUACGAAGUACCCACUGGCCAUGCCCAGCUACACUGUAAGACUCUAACUGCCACUUAAAGAAUUCUGGGGGAAUUAAACCAUUGGAGGAACUAAAGACAACGAUUAGAUAAUCAGAUCAGAUCUCUAGCAGCUAAACUACAUCUUAAGGCACAUCGGAACUUCAAGAUCCUUCCAACUGGGACUCAUGGGCAGGGUGUAUUAAAUAGCUAUAACACAGUCUUUUUUUUGUUCUCACUGCUUUAGCAAACCACAUUGUCUUACUGGUGGUACGUUCUGCUGGCCCACCGCACUGUAGAUAACUCAGUGGGAAACAAAGUUUACUCGCUAGACAUAAAGUUAAAACUCCUUCACCACGUUUGUUUGUUUGUUUGUUUUAAUUUUCUGGAUUGCCUCUCCCCAGAGACACGCAUGUGGCAUUUAAAAAUUUAACCCAAGAACAAAAAAAACCCCUCUUGUAAUCAUGUCGAGAGCUUAUCAUCUUUUCCUCUUAGCACUGAGUGAUCCGUUUUGAACUUCUGAUUGGGACCGUUUUCCAUUUGCAGCUGAGGUUCAGAAAGUUUGAUUUCGGUUAGUAUUUUUUGGUUUAUUUGUUUACAUUUUUGGCUAACACUAAGACUUACAAGAGCAUUUCUGCACUUUUUGUUUGGUUUCAAAGAAGGGAAUUGAAAAUCUGAGAAAUUUCCAUGUCCUAUACCUUCUUCUUCUAGUGGUUGGAGCUGUGUAGUAUUUUAACAUAUAUAUACAAAUAUCUACAUAUAAACAAUAUAAAUUUUGAAUCAGUUAUUUGAUAAAGUAUAUUCAAAGAUGAAGGAAAAAAAUGAAUCAGUCCUGCAGGGACUGAAAAAUUUCCAAUCCUAUCUGGUCUUUUCCUGUUGUGGGGGGAAAAAUGACUCACUCCUCCUUCUGAAAGUAAAAUAAUAAUAAUAAUAAUAAAUAACAAAGGUGGCAUACAAUGGCACUUGAUCACUAAAGUAACAAUGCCAAGAGGGAAAAAAAAAAGCCUUUCUUGGGAGGCAAGGCUCCUCAGAGGCCAAACCCCCAAGACUCCUGUACUAGCACUUUUUGGCAGUCAGAUAGGAAAUAAAGUGUUCUUUGGCACUCAAAACGAGAGAGGUCCAGGGUGGAACAUUUGAAGACACACCAUGGCUUUCUUCUUGUCAAGGACAGCAUUGGUUGACUUUUAAUGGAGCUCAAGAAAAGCAUUUCUGUUGUGUUACUUGCGGUGCAGAUGAUGUCUGUGUAACAACAUAAUGGUUAUUCACCUUUUUUGAUUUUGGUUUUUUGCUGUGUUAUCAAAGAACUUGAAUACUGUGAGAAAAAAAAAGUGAAUUUUAAGUUGAUGAAUCAGCAUCUUGUUCCCAUGGUGAUAACACCAAUUGAAUAUAUCUAUGAGGGCAUGUAUUAGUUAAAGGAAAAAAAAAUACAACACUAACAACACAUAGCUGCAAUGUGUACAAUGGCUGAUUUAAUUAAAUAAAAUGUACAAGUGUUAAAUGUA